AUGUGGUGUAAUACUGGAUGUCAGAAGCUCAUAUUGUGUUUAAUUGUUGUCUUUCUUAUAAUCAACAAUGUAUCCAGUGAAAUUCUGAAUAUUCUGAUGCCAGAUGCAAGAGCAACACAGGUCGAUGAAUAUUUGUGUACAGCCAUUGAAUUGAAUCAUGAAUCACCAAUUUUUAUAACCGGUUUUAAUCCAUCAGCAACAGCAAAAGAUGCUCAUCAUAUGUUGUUAUAUGGAUGCACUGAGCCGGGUUCACAGAAAAAAAUUUGGAAUUGCGGUGAAAUGGCCAAUGGUCGUUCGGAGUAUGCGUCUGGUCAAGUUUGUGCGUCGGGAUCAACAAUCAUUUAUGCAUGGGCGAUGGAUGCUCCCUCAUUAAAAUUACCAAACGAUGUUGCAUUUAAAGUGGGUGGUAAUACAACAAUAAAAUAUCUUGUCGUUCAAGUUCAUUAUGCUAAUAUUGACAAAUUUCUUGCGGGUAAAUCUGAUCAAUCGGGAGUUGUUCUUGAGACAUCCAAAAACUCAACUCAUACACAUAAACUUGGUCUUGUUAAUUCUGGUUAUCGUGUACGAGGCGAUUAUAAAGAUCAAGUUUGGACAGAAAUUGGUCGUCGUUCACCUCAACUACCACAAAUGUUUUACCCCAUUAACAAUAGUAUCACACUAGAGAAAGGCGAUUAUGUAGCAGCUGCUUGUACAAUGCGUAAUAUACGAUCAAAAACCGUCAGAGUAGGACCAACGGGUGAUGAUGAAAUGUGUAAUUUUUAUAUCAUGUACUGGGUCGAUGGUGAAGAAUUAAUCGACCAAGGUAUUUGUAAUAGUGCAGGACCGCCUCGUUAUUACUUUCGAAGAAACAAGAAUUUGAAUGUUGAUAACAUUCCGAGCGACGCUUUCCGAGUUCCACCGCCACCUAAUGGUCCAGAAUCGGAACAAAUAUUAAAUGAACAUAUGCAACAUAACCUAAGACACAUAUCAUCUUUGGAAGAUAAACAUUAUUUUAAACAGGUUAAAUGA